CUCAAUUUGUAUUCAUUUCUCUAGGGAAUUGUGGAAACUAAUGGAGAGAAGGGGCUACAAUUUGAAAUCGCUGCCUUACAAUGACUGGGCCAAACAAGUGCAUGCCAACGAAGACUUGAAACCUCUGUCACAUCUACUUCAAUUCCUGGUCAAGAAUGAAAAUUACUUCACCAAUCUGGCUGUAUUGAAAAAAGAGAGACUGAACUGUUUCAUUGAAAAGAGAAAGGUGACAUACCCGGUAGCCGAUGCUGAGCUCUAUAGCAAAUACCUUGACCAUCUCCACCAAUUGGGAUGCAUUCCUGUGGCCGCUAAUAGUCCCAGUAAGUCAGGUGAGCUCAACAUUCAUUCAAAUUAAUACAAUAUAAAGUUGGACUUGAUUUCAGUCCAUUUAU